ACCAUAAGAAGUAGAAAAAAAGUAGAAUCACUACUAGAACUUAAUGAAACUGAGAUGAAACUUAAUAUUAUCCAAAAAUAUCAAAAUUGCAUUUGUAGGGUUGUUAAAUGGAGCAUAAUGUUCUGGCAUCAACCUGGGUUAUGUAUCACUCCAUCAUGGAGUGGUAACCCAUGGAGUAUUAACCCAGUACAUUUAAG